AAAUAAAUCCGAUAAUAAUAAUUCUAGUGUAUGUUUCAGUGAUUUAAUCAUGUGCUUAAAUUAAAGUUAAGCCGAUGUCUUUUUGACAGAUGAAUAACAGAAGUGUGCAAUGUACGGUAGCUAGUACUGUUUAAAUAAGUGUUUAAUUGGUUUGGUUUUAAAUAAGAUAAAUAUUUGUGUAAUGUGUGUGUGUAAUUGUCAAGUUAUUUAAUUGUUGAUCGGGAAUUGUAUAAUGUGAAUUUGUAACAGAAAGUCUUUCACACCGAAUUAAUUAUUAUAAGCCAUCGAAUCUCGAGCGACAUGUCAGUUCGCCGCAAACGUCUGACCUUGUUCGCAGUGGCGGCGGUGCUCCUGGUGGGUCUGUUUGCCCUCUACCACUACCAGACGCAGUACGUUCCGACGCCGGAUCCGUCGCAGCCUCUGGACAACUCGGAACUGAGCCAAUCUGCAAAUCUUAUAGCACCGAACCGGGCAGAGGGCAGAGAUUCGGUGCGAUUUGUCAGACCCACUGGGGGAAUAGGACGACCAAAAAUUUAUAAAGUUCCGCCUACAUCAUCGUAUUCUUAUGUGGAACCAGGAUUUGCAGAUGUUGAUAUUUCGAACUUUGAACAACCAAGUCGGGAUGAUAUUGGACGAAGGCGUCAGCACAUAAACUUUGAAGCAAAUGAUCACGUGAGUUAA